AACCAGCACCGCUCUUCAAUUAAUGUCUUGAGUGCUAAUGAGGUUUUUAACACAGCAUCCAAACUUGUUAAUGAAAUAGUGCCGUUUCGUGACACUGAUUUUGCGCAAAUGAUUCCCUUUGAUUUGGCGCCAGAUUUGCUGGAGAAUAAAAGAUUAUUCUCGACGUGCUCUGUUCCUAUGAAAUGAUCUGGAUUGCGUCUCGCAUUUUUGGAGGAAAUCAGCACUGAACGCAGUAAGACGUUUUCUGGACAACUUUGGUGCCAGUGGACACGGGCAGUCGCGAAAGUCUUUUACUGCCUCGAGAUUGUUGGCUCUAAGCAGAAUGGACUUCAUCGGGCUCUACUUGCUCCAGCUGGCAAUUUUUGGGGUGUCACGGCUGGUGUCCGGGGGCCGGUGGGACUGUCUGACUGCGGGGGAUUCGUGCUCCAGCGACGAGGCGUGCAGCCCACGCUUGAGAACGCUGCGGCAGUGUGUCGCAGGCGGCGGAAGCGUGAAGCUGGGACCGGGUGCGCGCAACCACUGUGAGAACGCAGUGACGGUCCUGCUGUCCAGCCCCCUGCACCGAUGCCAGUGCAAACGGGGUAUGAAGAGAGAAAAAAACUGUCUUAGCAUCUACUGGAGCCUCAAGCAGUCCGUGCUGCACGGGCUGAGCCUGGUGGAGAAUUACCCCUAUGAGCCUGUCGAGCGGGGCUUUGAUUAUGUUCGCCUGGCCUCCAUCGCUGCAGAGUCUGAGGUGGGCAUGACAACAGUGAACCGUUGUUUGGAUGCUGCUAAGGCUUGUAAUGUCGAUGAGACGUGUCAGAAACUACGCACGGAGUAUGUGUCGGCGUGCAUCGCCCCAUCAGCGCGAGCCGGGCCCUGCAACAGAGCACGCUGCAGCAAAGCACUGAGGAAGUUCUUUGACCGUGUGCCGCCUGACUACACGCACGAGCUGCUCUUCUGUCCGUGCUCCGACACGGCAUGCGCAGAACGACGGCGCCAGACCAUUGUGCCUGCGUGCUCGUAUGAAGAAAGGGAAAAACCCAAUUGCCUGGCACAACUUCGAGUUUGUGAGGCAGACUAUGUGUGCAAGUCUCGCUGGGCUCAGUUCCAGCACGACUGCCAACCCUCCGAGCUUACUGCCAGCGGCUGCCAGCAAGAAAAUUACGGAGCCUGCCUUGUUGCGUACACCGGCCUGAUAGGUAGCAUUAUCACUCCAAACUACCUAGAUAACUCUACAUCCAAUGUAGGAGCAUGGUGCUCUUGUGCGGCUAGUGGGAAUUUCCGAGAUCAGUGCAACCACUUCCUUGGCCAUUUCCAUGACAACAAUUGCUUGAGUGAGUAA